UUUUUCUAAAUGACUGAAAAACUAACUAUUCUGUUGGCACUAUUAGUCUUCUGCUCGGCAGGACAAUUCUCGAUAUCAUUAGAAAAAUCUGUACCUCUUCGUGAGCAGUUAAUCCGAGAAGGACGCGAGCUUGCUAGACUUCAGCAGUUGAGCACUGGAAACGAGUCAAUCUAUGAUCAUUUUGAUGAGUAUUAUACGGUUAGUGUUAGAAUUGGAACUCCAGCUCAACACUUUGAAGUAGCACUUGACACUACAUCCUCAAAUCUCUGGGUGUUUGGAGUCGAGUGUAAGAGUCAAAGCUGUCAAGGUCACAGAAUUCGUGAAUACAAUCGCACGGCUUCUUCAACAUUUAUUGCCGGAACUUCGAAUUUUGUCUUGCCGUUUAAUGAUGGAGAUGUAUCUGGCGAUCUAGGAAAAGAUAACAUUCAAUUUGCUGGUUCCAAAAUCCAAAAUCAGGAUUUUGGAAUUGGGACGGAUGCUACCAGACUUUCCGGAGUAACAUUCGAUGGAGUUCUCGGGUUGGGAUGGCCUGCUACUGCUCUUAAUGGAACAAGCACCACAAUGCAAAACCUAUUGCCACAACUUGACCAACCACUCUUCACUACUUACUUCACAAAAUCUAGCGUGCAUAAUGGAACGGUAGGUGGUGAAAUUACUUUUGGAGCAAUUGACACCACACACUGCCAAUCGCAAAUAAACUACGUCCGACUUGCCUAUGAUUCAUUAUGGAGUUAUUCUAUCGAUGGAUUUUCCUUUGGAAAUUAUUCAAGAAAUCAGACUGAUACGGCUAUCCCGGACACGACAUCCAGCUACACUGGCGUUCCAAAUCUCGUCCUAGCCGAAAUCGUAAUAGCCACUGGAGCACAAUACGACUGGAAUCAUCAAGCAUACACUCUCCCGUGCUCUUCAACUGCCACACUUCCCGACCUGGUUUUCACAAUCGGUGGAAACUCGUACAACGUCAGAGCAGUAGAAUACGUGGUAAACUUGAACUUGCCAAACGGACAAUGUGCUCUUUCUCUCUUCGGAACAUUUUCCUCGCCCUCGGGUCCUUUGUGGGUCUUUGGCGACAAUUUCCUUCGAAGUUACUGCCACAUAUUUGAUUUUGGAAAUUCUAGAAUUGGACUUGCAAAAGCAAUUCAGAACUAUUAACAUGUUUAUGAAUUCUAUCAGUGUAUCAAAUAAAGAUUUGCACUCUAA